AUGUAUGGAGGGGAAAUACUGCUACCUCUCGUGGCAUUGGACAAGAUCAACCUGAUAGAGGGCUACAUCGAGGAGAGCAAGACACUUCAAGAGGAGUUUGUGGCGUUGUUGGAUGAUCUCUGUGAGCCUGGAACCACACAAACCAAGAUCAACAGGUUUGUUUCUGAGUGCUCGCUGAUCCCAAAGGACUCCAUGGACGAACUCCUCUCCAAGUGUAACUGCAAGCUCAACUUGAAACAGCUGUAUCGUCUUGCUCAUCGCAUGGUCACCAAAUACAACCUGGAUCUUUCCAAGUUCUCCCACAUCCACAGCCGUUGGUCCACUGCGUCACUCCACCACCUCCUCCAGAAGAGAUACGUUGAGGGCGCCAUCACCGAGGGCAACAUCAAUGACCUAUUAGAGAGUGUAGUCGAGGACAACACCGCCCUACAGUUCCAGCUGGUGAAGGAGCUGGUGUAUCACAAUGACAUCGCUGCAGCUGUGUAUUGGGCCGGCAGGUGUGAGCUGCCCGUCCAACAGCUGCCCUUCUCAGUGCAGAUACAGCUAGAGGCACAGAGUUUGAGAGUCUAG